UUUUUUUAUUUAUUUAUUAACAUUUAAUUAUUAAAUUUAGAUAAUUCAGAGAAUUUAAAAAUUGAAAGAGAAAAUUUAUUAUGUGUAUUUAAAUUAGUUAUAAAAGAUUUAUUAAAUUCAAGUUUAAAAAAUGAACGUGUUCUUGAAAAAGAAAAUUUCUCAUUAAAACAUUUUUUUCUCGUGUUCGAACAUAUUUUAUUACAUGGUUAUAAUGGUAAAAAAGUAUUUCAAAUCAGUACAGCAGGAAAUCGAAAAGAUCUAUGGCCAAUUAUUGAUCUUAUAACACGUAAAACAACUGAUACAAAUAUAACAGAUAUAUCAACAUCAAUAAAAGAAAUGACAAAUAUUCGUACACCAUUAGGUCGUGUACGAGCAUGGUUACGUCUUGCAUUAAUGCAAAAGCAUUUAGCUGAUUAUUUUACAAUUCUUAUAGAACAAAAACAAGAAUUAAAAGAAUUAUAUGAUAAUGAAGCUUUACUAUUAUCAGAUGAUAGUAUGAUUUUAACUGGUUUACUUGUUGGUCUUAAUGUAUUAGAUUUUAAUUUUUGUUUAAAAGAAAUGAUACUUGAUCAACCAAUUGAAACACCUAUUUAUUAUAAUUUAUAUUUACGUGAAAGACGUAUAGCAUCAAUAUCAUCGAAAAAUACACAUCCACCUGGUGCAAUAAAAGAUCCGAUCGAUGAUAUAGAUGAUUAUUCACCGUUACCUAUAAUAAAAUCAAAUGCAGAAGAUGAUGAUCCGACAUCAGUAGAUGAUAAUAACGCUGAUAAUCGACGUUUUUCCAAUAUGCUUGAUCAAAAGAAUUAUGUUGAAGAAAUUAAUCGAAAAUUACAAACUACAGUAAAUGGUUUACAAGAACGUUUACAAGUGUUUGAACAAACAAAUAAAAUUUUAGCGGAAGAAACAGCAGUACAAAAAACUCGUAUUGAACAAUUAGAAGAACAAGUUGUACAAAUUACAGCAGAAAAAGAACAGAUAUUAUCAUCUUACCAUCGAAAACUUGAAACUACUGUUGCUGAUAUUGAAGUCGAACGUGAGACUUUUCAAACAUCUCGAAAUGGAUUUGAUUUAAUUUAUAAUGAAUUACAGAAGAAAUAUCAAGAAGAACAGUUAUCAAAAGAAAAAAUUGAAAAUGCAUAUCAGACGCAAUUAUCUCAAAAUAGUGAAAUUAUGGAGUCAACAAAAAUAAUGGAGAAAAAUAUGGAAGUUAAAAAUACGUUAUAUGAUCAUAUAAAAGAAGAUAACAAUCUACUUUUACAAAAAUUACAAAUUGAAAAAGAUCGCAAUGAUGAAAAAGAACAUCAAAUACAAACAAUUGACAAGAAAAAUCAAAUGCUAAGACAAACCAUUAAUGAAUUAGAAACAAAUAUCGAAAAAACUAAUAAAGAAAAACAAGCUCUUAGCGAUACAAUUGAUAAAUUAAAUCAAACAUUAAUUAAAUCAGAUACUGACAAGACAUCAUUAGAAACUGAUUUACGUAUGGAACAAGAUUUUCAACAACGACUUAAUCAAGCAUUAACAAAUGAAAAAGAUAAAGUUUCUCGACUUCAAUUUGAUAUCCAUGAAUUACGUGUGGAAUAUGAUUCACAUAAGGGUGAAAUGGAUAAAAAAGAAAAAGAUUUUGAAAAAAAGUAUCAUGAACAAGAAAAAACUAUAGAAGAAUUGGCAUUAAAAUUAGGAGCAUCGAUGACACGUGAAGAUGAAUUUCGUGAAAAAGAUACUUUACGAUCAUUGCCAUGGAUGAAAGAUGAAGAUGUUAAAGAAUGUUGUCAAUGUAAAAAAGAAUUUAAUACAAUUCGACGAAAACAUCAUUGUCGAAGUUGUGGUCAAAUAUUUUGUGAAAGUUGUGUUAGUACAAAACUAACCUUAGCAAGUUCAAAUAAACCGGUGCGUGUAUGCGAUUCAUGUUGUAAUCGUGUACUUGCUCAAUGUGCAGUUAGAAGUCCAUAA